AUCAGCUGUUGCAGUCCGUGUGUGCGCUGCUGACUCAGCCCAGCUGGCCCUGAUAGGCCGGAAUGUACGAGAGGCAGUCUAGCGUAAGUCUGGUCUAGUCCUGACAUGUCUCAGUCGCUCUAUAAGGGGACGCUGCUGCACUACCUCUGCUUGUCUUGCACAUCAUGGACCACUGACUGCACUCUCUGAUUGUCAAUAUUCAUCCAACAAAUACAACAUGGACACCUCUGACGACAACAAACUGGUCCGACCCAAGGAGGGGUUGUGCUCUUUGCUGCAGCUGGCAGGAGCCACCAAAGAUGUCUUUACCAUGAAGGAGGUGAUGUUCUACCUGGGUCAGUACAUCAUCCAGAAGCAGCUGUAUGACCAGAAGCAGCAACACAUCGUGCACUGCUCCCACGAUGAGCUGGGCCGCGUGCUUGGCGUCGGCAGCUUCUCAGUCAAAGAACCUCGAGUUUUAUUUACCGUGCUCACCAAGAACCUGGUGGCUGUGACGAGCCAAAAAGACUCCUCGCAAAGUUUAGGUGAAGCAAGCAGCAGCAGCCAGGUGGAGCAGACGCAGGAAGCUGCAAGUUGCUCCUCAACAACAAACAGGAGGAAACAAAGGAGGCGGCGGCGUAGGAGCUGCAGAAGCAACGACACAGGCCCCUCCCACAGCAUAGAGGAGGAUAAGGAAGAGGAGGCCUCAGAGGAGGAAGAGGAGGAUGAGGACGCUCCAAAAAGGAGGAGGUCGGACAGCUACUCCCUGACCUUUGAUGACAGCCUGUCCUGGUGUGUGAUUGGUGGACUGGCAGCUGGGGGGGACAGACGCACCAACCAGUCGUCCAACUCUCACAGCGCUGGGGGGAGGUCAGAGGUCACGACUGCUGCAGCCGACUCUGACAGCGACAACUUCAGCGUGGAAUUCGAGGUGGAGUCCGUCCAUUCCGACGACUAUGGCGAAGACGACGCAUCCUUGUCUGCAGACGACCAGGUGUACGAGUUCACCAUCGUCGAUACGGAAGACGACGACUCGUUUGACGAAGACACGGAAAUCACUAAAGCCGAUUACUGGAGCUGUGGCAAGUGUGAGGAGUUGAACCCGCCUCUCCCGAGAAACUGCCUUCGUUGCUGGACGCUGCGCCAGGAUUGGCUGCGGGACACUUCCUGUCCUAAGGCCCAGCCCAGGAACCUCACGGACCAAUCAGCCGUCAGAGAGGCCUCAGGUUCUGAUGCUGAGGAUAACGAAGGUGUGGACGUUCCAGAUGGAAAAAGAACAAAAAGUCCUGCCCCUCAGUCUCAAUGCUACUCUGACUCCGCCUCCUCCGCGCCCGACUCCCAGGAUCUCCUGUCCAUCUCCCAACCGCCCUCGUCCUCCCCCUCCUCCUCGCAGGAGAAGCUGUGGAUGAUGGAUUCCCAGCCGACCUCCUCCACAGAGUCACAGGAGUCUCUCCUGUCCUCCGCCGCCGUCCCCGAGCUGGAGCGCAGCGUGUCGGCCGAGUUGCGCCUACCUGCAACGUGUCUGGAACCGUGCUUGAUCUGUCAGUCCCGACCCAAAAACGGCUGCAUCGUGCACGGUAAGACGGGUCACCUUAUAUCCUGCUACGUGUGCGCCAGGAAGCUCAAGAAGAGGAACAAGCAGUGUCCCGUCUGCAGGCUUCCCAUCGAGGCUGUGAUCCUCACCUACGUCAGCUGAGACCUCCCCGAAGUCUGUUCACCUACCUCCUUCCACAGUUCAUCUCCUGUGCAAUCACACGCUGCAAUAAUCAUUCAUCAAUAAUCAUUCAUCUAUAUUCUACAAGAUUCCAAAAAUGCUCCUGAAUUAAUUUCCGCUUGUGUUUAUUUUGAACAAUCAGCACCAACAGACACAUGUCAAGCAAUGUUUGCUGGAUUGAUGUAUUUGUCACAAAGUCUUUUCGUGCUUAGUUUAACAUAAUGCCACUCUUUACAUUUUCCAUGCAGUUUUGUAAUGAUAUUCUAUAAAUGUUUCCUGAAGCAGGAAAUACGAAGUUUAACUUAUAUUCUUGUCGAGAAGUAUUCUUGGAAAUAAUGCUAGAAACAAAGUUAAUGUUUUGUUGCUAUUAACAUUUUUUUCCUGGAAACUUCAUGACAACAACUUGAGAAUGGACUGUAAAAAGAAAUGUUAAAACAAGAAGUAUUUAUUUAUUUAAGCAGACACUUUGAAUGAACUCUUUAAAGAUUAAUUUACAGCUAUUUUCCUUUGUCAAUAAAAUAUGUCAUUUCUG